AUGGAGGGAGAGGAGGAGGAGGAGUAUCCUUCGAUCCAGGGGAACGUAAGAGAGACUCUGAAUACGAAGCUCUACCUCACGGCGAAGAACUCCUCCGCUCUCAGGGUCACCCAAAAGAAAUCCACUAGUCUCCUACGACCACUGGGCAGCGCCAGCCCAAACGGUAACGUGAAGGGAGCGGGAGGACAUAGCGUGGGAGGAAACGGGCACACGCACAGAAGCCCUACAUUUCGUGUAGAUUCUCUUCUGCCACAGGAGCUUAAGAUCGCUCGUCAUGAUAACAGGAACGGAAAGAGCAUCGGGGAGAACGGGAGUGAUGCAGAUGACGCCAUGUCGUCUCGCGAAUCUCACAAGGAGAACGGCAAGGCAGAGAAUGGUAUCGAUAUGCCAGGAAAGAAUGUAUCGUUUGACUUCCAGGCGCUGGACAAUGCGGACUCGAAGUCCAUGCUGGAACGAGCGGAAAAGUUCAGCAAAUCCGCAGCUUCAGAGAUAGAAAGCACCACAGACUCGGACACGAAGCUGAAGCCCAAGAAGGCGCUGACUCAAGACGAGGCACGGGACUUGUUGAGGCUCAUGAAACGUCUUUCAAGGAACCCUGAGAGCCAGGAGUUCGUGUACUUGCGGCCUUACCUUCCCGACGAGAACAUGCCGCCUGCUGAACGAUUCACCCCCUUGAAUCCUUACCACCUAGAAGUUGUACAGCACUCAGAGAUCGAUCCCAGCAACUACUUCACCAUGAGCGCUCAUGGGGUGACCCAGUUCCUCCACGGCAAGCCAUCCUUCACCGAGCUGAGCAGAUGGCGCAAGGAGUACCAGAUAUUCAUGGCUAUCAGGAAGAUCAACGUGUUCCGCAAGUACAGAGUCUGGAAAUCAUACAAGGUGUGGAAAGACGUCGUUCACUACGGCAAGAUGCACAUUCAUCAAGGGCUCUUGACCAAGAACCUCUUCUGGAUGGACGACAAGUUCCGAAAUGCUAUUCUUGAGAUCCGCCUGAAUUGUGAAGAGCUCAAGACAAGCGACUUGCACAGCUUCCAGCCUAGUCACUUGUAUAGGUUGGACGAGUUCUACAGUGAUCAGCAGAGCCAGCGAGAAACUUUCUUGAAACAACUUCUGGUGUUCUGGGACACAAACGUCUCCUGCGCGGCGAAAGCUUGCACUUCUACUCUUGACGCCCUCGAGGCCAAGCUCCUUGGCUCAGCUCAGACCGUAGGUCCCCAGCAAGGCGCGAUUCAGAAGGUGACUGGCAUCCAAAAGGACGACAGCCAGAACUACAGAUACACCAUCAAGGCGUCCAAGCGAGUGGAGCAUCAGAGAUUGUACCACCUCCUCCGUUUGUGCGAUUAUGUCAUCUUCAAUUCCUUGUACAGUAUCGUGAUUGGCACUCUCGACUUUCUCCUCGAGAAAUUCGCGCCUACGGCGACCAUGGCGAUCAGCUUCUCGGACGGGAAGAACGACGGGUUUGACAGGCCCAUAGACGCGUCGAGUGCACGGCAGGGAUCGGAUGGGUUCUCCUUCGAGAGAGCUCGUUCAGGCUCCUUCUUGAACCGAUCGAUGGAGGAGGACGAGGAGACCCAGCUGCAGUCGAUCUUCGUGACCGAAGUCAUCAUGGAAAAGGACAAGCUCUUCUUCGUGCCCUCUGUGGAGGACUUCGAGGAUCAGAUCGAUGCGAUCAUUGACGACUAUGUCGCCACCGUCUCGUCGAAAGUGCGACUGCUCGGUCAUGAAGAGCUUAUAGAGUAUACGUCCUUGUACGACCCGGACUCAGACAUCAGCGACUCGGCUACCGUUGCCGACAUCAUCCUCAACGACGAGGGCUUCCAGAAGCGCGUGCAGCAGCUACGCAAGACCAUCACUUCCUCCUUCGAGAAGGCCGAGAAGUGCCGGCUGUCGCUGGAGCCCUUCCGCGAGAUGGCGAUGAGGAAUCUGGAGGUCGACUCUGACGAGCUCAAGGACAAGUACGAGAGCGGGGAGAUCGCUCUCAACGGCUUCAAGACCCAGCUAGUCCUCUACAAGGGGCAGAUCGAUGACGUGAAGAAGCUCAGUGACUGGGAGGACUUUGGGAUCCUCCGGGUGGACACCAGAAAGCUCAAGGACGCGCUGGCGCCUGCGCCUGCGGAAGCUCUUGGCAAGGUCGAGUCGCUGCUGCCUGAGCUGGCGCUUGAAAAGCAGAAGGUGAUCAUGGAGAGGGUCGGGGGGGCCAACGCAAAACUGUCCAAGAAGCCGGCGACCGUUGCCGAGUUCGUGUCCCUGCUAGCGUUUGUGGAGACGGAGAUGGAGGCGAAGGAGGAGCUGGAGGCUCAGUUUGCGGACCUGCAGAAGCACUACGAGCUGAUGGAAGCAGAGCAGGUGUUCAUCCCCGACAUGAUCAAGGCGGAGUAUGCCAUUCUCGUCCCCGAGUACGCGCAGAUGCAGAGCAGCCUGGAGAUGGCGGAGAGCACAAGGGAGGAGGACAUCGCGCAGUGGAACGCGGUGCUUGACAAGGAGAUCAAGGAGUUCGGGGAAAGGAUCAAGGAUAUGAAGAUGCAGGCGGAGAACCCGCAGAUCCUGGAAGACUCGCCCAACCCGGAGAUCAUCCUCGAAGUAGCUGACAACCUCCGCGAGCAAGUACGCGAGCUGGAGAACUGGGCCAAGGAGGCGCAAAAGUUCCAGGGAGUGUUCGGGGCCAACCUUGUGCGCUACCCCGAGCUCGACGACUUGGUCUCCGACGUCCAGCUGAAGAAGUCGAUGUGGGAGGCGAUGGUGGAGGUGUCAACCAUCACGGAGCAGUGGAAGGAGAAGCUGCUGGAGGACCUCAAUAUCAAGGAGCUCGAGAGCAUCGUGCAGAAGUGGUUCAAGGCUGCCUCCCGAGCUGAACGCGAGCUGCCGGCCAACCCCGUGGCCCCCAAGCUCAAGAGCCUCGUCCAGGUGUACAAGGACCUGGUCCCCAGCUGCUCCGACCUGAGGAAUCCGGCGCUGCAGGCGAGGCACUGGGAGAAGAUCGAUGCUGUGGUGGGAAGGCACAUCGAGCGGGACCCGGAGCAGUGGGAGGAGCCGCUGACGCUGGGCCUCCUCCUCUCUUACGGGGUGAUGGAGCACCAGGAGCAGAUCCAGAAGAUCUCGACGGAGGCGACGCAGGAGGGAGUGCUGGAGUCGAUGCUCGGGAAGCUGCAGGAGCAAUGGAGGAACGCAGAGUUCACGCUCAACAACUUCAAGGAGUCCAAGGACGUCUUCAUCCUCGGCGGGGUGGAUGAGAUCCAGGCGCUGCUGGACGAGAGCAUGGUGACGAUCGGGACCAUCAUGGCGAGCAGGUACGUCGGGGGCAUCAGGUCGGAGGUGGAGAAGAUGGAGACGAAUGUGAGGAUGAUGCAAGACACCUUGGACGAGUGGCUGGGGGUACAGAAGAACUGGAUGUACCUGGAGCCGAUCUUCUCAGCUCCUGACAUCCAGCGGCAGCUGCCGCUAGAGGCGAAGCAGUUCCUCGACAUUGACAAGGGCUUCAAGGGGAUCAUGAAGAAGACCAACGAGAACCCUAACUGCAUGCGAGCUGGGACUCAGCCCGGGCUGGCGGACCACUUCAAGAAGUGGAACGAGGCGCUGGAUAAGAUCCAGAAGUCGUUGGAGGAGUACCUUGAGUUCAAGAGAAUGGCAUUCCCGCGCUUCUACUUCCUCUCCAACGACGAGCUGCUCGAGAUUCUCGCGCAGACGCGCAACGUGCAGGCGGUGCAGCCGCACAUGAUGAAGUGCUUCGACGCCAUCAAGAAGCUGGACUUCGGCGGGGAGCAUGAGAACUCGCCGGUGAGGACCAAGGACGAGACGUCUGUCGACAUCUACGGCAUGAUAAGCUCGGAGGGCGAGUACGUCACGUUGGGAAAGAACCUCAAGGCUCGAGGAGAGGUCGAGCACUGGCUUUCGAGCGUGGAGAAGGCGAUGGUGACUCAGCUGAGAAUCCUCUGUAAGGAGGCGCUGGAUGACUUCGAGGGGAGGGACAGGCACCAGUGGGUCUUCGAUCAUGCUGGGCAGCUGCUGAUUAACGUCAGUCAGAUCACCUGGGCCCGGGGAGCGGAGAGUGCGCUGGACGGGGAGCUGGUGCCCGGGGAUGCGAAGAAGGGAAUCUCGACCUGGUUCGACCAGAACGUCGUGUGGCUGUCGGAGCUCUGCCGGCUAGUCCGUGGGGAUCUGACGAAGCUGCAGCGAGGAUCCCUGGUUGCCCUGAUCACCAUCGACGUGCACAACCGGGACAUCAUCGAGUAUCUUAUCAACGACGGGACGCAGAGCAAGACCGACUUCAGCUGGCAGAUGAGGAUCCGGUACUACUGGAACCCGAGCAUCGGCACCUUCGGGGACCUGGAGAUCUUCCAGGUUACCGCUCGCUUCCUCUGCGCGUACGAGUACCUCGGCGCCUCCUUCCGCCUCGUCAUCACGCCCCUCUCCGACCGCUGCUACAUGACCCUUACAGGAGCUCUAGAGCUGAAGCUCGGGGGCGCUCCCGCCGGGCCGGCAGGGACGGGGAAGACGGAGACUACUAAGGACCUUGCCAAGGCGCUGAGCAGGCAAUGCGUCGUGUUCAACUGCGGUGACAACCUGGACUACAAGUUCAUGGGCAAGUUCUUCAAGGGGCUGGCGCAGUGCGGUGCCUGGGCUUGCUUCGACGAGUUCAACAGGAUCAACGUAGAGGUUCUGUCGGUGGUCGCCCAGCAGAUCAUCACGAUCCAGAUCGCGCUUAGGCAGCAGGUGACGGAGUUCGAGUUCGAGGGCCUGACGAUCAAGCUCGUCGACACCUUCGGCGUGUUCAUUACGAUGAAUCCGGGGUACGCGGGGAGAACGGAGCUGCCGGACAACCUCAAGGCUCUCUUCAGGCCCAUGUCUAUGAUGGUACCCGACUACAGUCUCAUCGCUGAGAUCUCUCUCUUCGCCGAAGGCUUCGAGACCUCUCGGCCCCUCAGUAAGAAGAUGACCAAGUUGUACAAGCUCGCGUCCGAGCAGGUCUCCUCCCAGCCUCACUACGACUUUGGCAUGAGGGCGGUGAAAAGUGUGCUGGUGAUGGCUGGGGCAGGGAAGCGAGCCAACCCCGACCUGCCGGAGAACAUCACUCUCAUUCGCGCCAUGUGCGACUCCAACAUCCCCAAGUUCCUCAAAGAUGACGUCAUCCUCUUCAAUGCUAUCGUGGAGGACUUGUUCCCCGGGGUUGAGGUGCCGAAGCAAGACACUGGGGACCUGUACGCGAGGAUCGUACAGUGUCUGAACAUGCAGAGCUUCGUGGUCAACGAGGACGUGAUGACCAAGGCGAUCCAGCUGUACGAGGUGCUGGGGAUCCGCUUCGGGGUGAUGGUGGUCGGGCCGACGGGGGGAGGGAAGACGACGCUCUCCCGUGCACUAGCUGAGGCAAUGACGCAGCUGAGAAACGCGGGGCACGCAGACUCUGCGUUCCAGGUGACGCACACAUUCUGCUUCAACCCCAAGAGCAUCUCGAUGGGAGAGCUGUACGGCAACUACAACCUGCUGACCAACGAGUGGACGGACGGGCUCGGGUCGACGAUCAUCAGAACAGCCAACAGCGACACCAGCGACGACAAGAAGUUCAUCGUGUUCGAUGGCCCCAUCGACGCCAUCUGGAUCGAGAACAUGAACACGGUGCUCGAUGACAACCGGACGCUCUGCCUGCCCAACGGAGAGAGGAUCAAGCUCAACGGCAACACUCUCAGGAUGCUCUUCGAGGUGGAGGACUGUGCCGUUGCCUCUCCUGCUACCGUCAGUCGUCUCGGAGUCGUGUGGGUCCCUCCGGAGGGCCUCGGGUGUCUGGCAUUCAUCCGCAUGUGGGUGGAGGUGUACCUUCCUCCCAAACUCCCAAAGGAGCACAAGACGCUGAUCGCAGGCAUGCUUGAGGAACAUGUGCCAGCAGCUAUCUUGACGGUCAGAAGGGACUGUCGGGAAGGAGGCAUAUCGUCCGUGGACAACAACUUGGCGACAAGUCUCUGCAGGAUGUUUCAGACUCUCUUCAUCCCCUCCCGCAAGUUCAUUGACUCGCCCAAUGGUGAAGACCUGGACUUUGAGAUGCCAGGCUUAGCGGAUCUGCUCAAGAGGUGGUUCCUCUUCUCCCUCGUCUGGUCCAUCGGGGGCAAUCUAGACUCUGAGAGCAAGGAGAUCUUCUCCGAGUGGGUCAGAGACUCUCUCUCCUCCAUAGCUCGCUUCCCCAACUCCGGCAACGUCUACGACUACUGUGUCGACCCCGAGACGAAGGAGUUCCGGCCCUGGGAAGAGGUCGCUCCAAAGUUCGUUUACCAGAAGGACAAGCCUUACUCCGACAUCCUGGUGCCCACCAAGGACACAGUCAGGUACUCCUACAUGCUCGAAGCGUUCAUCUCCGUCGGCAGAGGCUCGCUCUUCGUGGGAGAGUCCGGAACCGGCAAGUCAGUCAUAGUCGUCGACGCCCUCUACUCCCUUGCGGUGCCUGGGAAGUUCCUUGGGAGGGAGAUGGAGGGAAACCUUAUCCCCUUCACCAUCAACUUCUCGGCCCAGACCUCCAGCCCCCGCACCCAGGAGAUGCUCGAGCUGCGCUUCGAGAAGAAGAGGAAGGGAGUCGUGGGGGCGCCAGUCAACAAGAAGCUCAUCUGCUUCGUCGAUGACGUCAACAUGCCGGCUAGGGAGGAGUACGGGGCCCAGCCUCCCGUCGAGCUGCUGAGACAGGUCACGGACACUCUUGAGUACUACCGCCCCCUUGGGGGCCUCUACGACAGGAAGAAGUUCAACUGGAACGACAUCGUGGACAUGGUGCUGGUCGCGGCCUGCGGCCCACCUGGAGGAGGGCGGAACGUGGUGACCAACAGGUUCUUCCGGCACUUUUCCAUGCUCUCGAUCUCUCCCCCCUCCCGCUCAGUCCUCUUCGUCAUCUUCUUCUCCAUCCUCGACGGCCACCUGGCCAUGUUUCCCGCCGACGUCAAGGCGCUCGCCAAGACGACGGUGGACGCCAGCAUCGACAUCUACGAGCGAAUCUCGUCUGAGAUGCUCCCGACCCCCGCCAAGAGCCACUACACCUUCAACCUACGUGACCUCUCCAAAGUCUUCCAGGGCAUCCUCUCCCUCAAGGUCCAGCACUGCCCGGACUCGCGCACCUUCCUCCGCCUCUGGUGCCAUGAGAACCAGCGGGUCUUCCAGGACCGUCUCAUCGACCACCAGGACAAGAACGUGUUCCAGCGCUGGCUGCACGAGAUGCUCAAGAAGAAGUUCAGCGUCGACUGGGACUACACGGAGACCUUCGAGAAAGCUCCCAUCCUCUUCGGCGACUUCCUUAAAAUGGGAGUUGCCCCUGAGGACCGGCACUACGAGCCUAUCCAGGACCCCAAGAAGCUGGACAAGCUGAUGGAGGCGUACCUAGAGGAGUACAACCUGUCUACUCCGAAGACGAUGAACCUGGUCUUCUUCAUGGACGCCAUUGAGCACAUCUCCCGCCUCGCUCGUAUCCUCCGCUCCCCUCGGGGGAACGCGAUGCUGGUGGGGCUGGGAGGGUCGGGAAAGCAGAGCCUGACGAGGCUGGCAGCCUUCAUGUCGGACUACAAGUGCAUCUCGAUCGAGCUGACGAGGGGUUACGGCAACAACGAGUUUAGAGAGGACCUGAAGAAGCUCUUCAUCGUGGCGGGGGUAGAGAGAAAUCAGGUGGUCUUCCUCUUUACAGACUCUCAGAUCGUCAACGAGGGCUUCGUCGAGGACAUCAACUCAAUCCUCAACGCCGGCGACGUGCCGAACUUGUUCCCUCCUGACGAGAAGGAUAGAAUCAUCAACGACGUCCGCGAGUACGCGGCUGCCCUUGGGAGGCCGCUGUCUAAGGACUCUGUCUACCAGACCUUCAUUUCCUCCGUGCAGGCAAACCUUCACUGUGUGCUGUGCAUGAGCCCGGUGGGCGAGGCCUUCCGUACCAGGUGCCGGAUGUUUCCCUCGCUCAUCAACUGCACCACCAUCGACUGGUACCUCCCAUGGCCCCAGGAGGCGCUGCUGGACGUGGCCAAGCGCUUCCUGCUGGGGCUGGAGAACGUGGACCUGGAGGUCAAGACGUCCCUCUGUACCAUGUGCACAGUGAUCCACCAGUCCGUGGAAGCCUCGUCGGACCGGUUCUGGGAGGAGCUGAGAAGGAAGUUCUACAUCUCCCCCAAGAGCUACCUCGACCUGAUCGAGAUGUACCUGAAGCUGCUGGGGGAGAAGCGGUCGGAGCUGAGCGAGAAGCGGGACCGGUUCAAGAACGGGCUCGACAAGAUGGUCGAGGUGGGGCUCGUGAUCGAGCAGUCGAAGAAAGACCUUGCUGAGCUCGCUCCUAUCCUCGUGGAGAAGUCCAAGGCGACGGAGGAGCUCCUGGCUGUGGUCACCAAGGACAAGGCCAGCGCUGCUGAGGUGGAGAAGGUGGUGGCAGCAGAGACGCUCGAGGUGGAGGCGCAGGCCACAGAGGUCAAGAUGGUGCAGGAAGACGCGCAGAAGGACUUGGACGAGGCUCUUCCUGCUCUAGACGCUGCCGUGUCGGCGCUGAACUCGCUGACUAAGGGAGACAUCACCGAGGUGAAGUCGUUUGCGAAGCCUCCGGCCCUCGUGCAGACGACAAUGGAGGCUGUUUGCGCUCUGCUGGGGAUGAAGACGGACUGGGAUACAGCUAAGAGAGUACUGGGGCAGUCAGACUUCAUGGAUCUCCUCCUCAACUACGACAAGGACAACAUGGAUCCCAAGCGCGUCAAGGUGCUCACCAAGUACACGGCCAUGCCUGACUUCACCCCCGAGACCGUCGGCAAGGUCUCCAAGGCAGCCAAGGGCCUCUGCAUGUGGUGCCGGGCCAUGGAAGUCUACAACCGCGUCGCCAAGGAGGUCGAGCCCAAGAAAGCGAAGCUCGCAGCAGCGAAUGCGACGCUUGCCAAGGCGAUGUCAGCGCUGAAGGAGAAGCAAGACGCGCUGAAGCAGGUGCAAGACAAGGUCAUGUCCCUCGAGGAACAGCUCGACCAGGCCAUGGUGGACAAGAAGAGCCUGGCAGAUCAGGCGGCUCUGUGCGAGGCGAGGCUGGGGCGAGCUGGGAAGCUGACAGACGCUCUGGGGUCAGAGCAGGUGUCAUGGACGGAGCAGGUGGGAGUGCUGAACACGCAGCUGAAGCUGCUGGUGGGGGACGUGUUCCUAGGCGCCGCCUGCGUGGCCUACUACGGGCCCCUGACAGGAGGGUAUAGGAAGGAGAUUGUAGCGCAGUGGAUGGAGGCAUGCAAAUCCGGGGGUAUCCCCAUAUCACCUUCCUUCAGCCUUGUCAACACGCUCUCUAAGGCGGUUGAAGUCAGAGAGUGGAACAUCAACGGUCUGCCCACUGAUGAGGUAUCGAUCGACAACGGAGUUCUGGUCAAAAUCGGUCAGCGCUGGCCGCUCAUGAUCGACCCGCAGAUGCAGGCGAACAGGUGGAUCAAGAACAUGGAGGAGAGGAACGGCCUGCGGCUCAUCAAGCUCACCGACCCCAACUUCCUCCGCACGUUGGAGAGCAGCAUAAGAGUUGGGAACCCAGUCAUGCUGGAGGACCUUGGAGAGGAGCUCGACCCAGCUCUGGAGCCGAUCCUGCUGAAGCAGCUCUUCAGGCAGGGGAGCAGAAUCUUGAUCCGAGUAGGCGAGCAGGACGUCGACUACGAUCCAGCCUUCAAGUUCUAUAUGACAACCAAGAUGUCAAACCCUCACUACCUCCCCGACGUCUGCAUCAAGGCCACCUUGAUCAACUUCGUGAUCACGCUGGAUGGACUGGAGGAUCAGCUGCUGGGGGACGUGGUGAGAAAGGAGAGGCCCGACCUCGAGGCCAUGAAGGACAAGCUCGUUGUGAGCAUGGCGUCAGACAAGAAGCAGCUGAGCGACCUGCAGGACAAGGUGCUGAAGCUGCUCAAGGAGAGCGAGGGGAUGAUCCUCGACAACGAGCCGCUUAUCAACACGCUGCAGCAGUCGAAGUUCACCACCUCCAUGAUCGUCAAGAGGGUGGCGGACGCAACCGAGACCGACGAGCAGAUCUCGACGGCAAGGGAGGGAUACAGGAGCGUCGCUACCCGAGGGUCCCUGAUUUACUUCGUCGUAGCCGACCUGGCGGAGAUCGACCCGAUGUAUCAGUAUUCCCUCGAGUACUUCAAGAGGCUGUACAACUACUGCAUCGAGGUCAGCCAGAAGAACGACAACCUGGAAAAGAGGCUAGAGAUCCUGAUAGCCUUCAUCACUGACUUCAUGUACAAGAACGUCUGCAGAGGGCUCUUUGAGAAGCACAAGCUCAUCUUCUCCUUCCUCAUCUGCACUUCCAUCCAGCGGAACCUCGGCCACAUCAGCUCUGGCGAGUGGAACUUCAUCCUGCGAGGAGCCCCGCCAGCCGAGGCCAAGGUCAAGAACCCUGAUCCUACCUUCGUCUCCUCCCCGCAGUGGGAGGCGAUCCUCGGGCUCGAGGCGCAGAUGCCGCACCUGUUCGAGGGGUUCGUGGGCAGCGUGACGGAUUCCGUGAAGCAGUGGAAACAGUGGGCCGGGACUGCGAUGCCGCAGGACGCGCCUUUGCCGGAGCCAUGGCAGGGCAAGCUCAAUAGCUUCCAGAAGAUGAUUGUCCUCAAGAUCUUCAGGGAGGAGAAGCUUGUCUUCGCCACCUCCAAGUACGUCGAGGAGAAGAUGGGUCGCUCCUUUACAGAGUCUCCUCCCAUCAUGCUCGCCGAGAUCUUCCCCGACACUGACUACCGCACCCCCGUCAUCUUCGUCCUCUCCGUCGGCAGCGACCCCACCGGUGCCCUGAUCAAGUUCGCCGAGGAGAAGAACUACCUCAACCGCCUGCAGAGCAUCUCGCUGGGACAGGGCCAGGGCCCCGUGGCGGAGAAGGUGAUCGCGCAGUCAACCAAGAAGGGCGACUGGGUGUGCCUGAUGAACUGCCACCUUGCAACGUCAUGGAUGGGAGCGCUGGAGAAGAUCGUCGAGGACUUUGCGCAUGGCGUCGGCGACGAGAACUUUCGGCUCUGGCUGACUUCCAUGCCCUCCAAGUCCUUCCCCGUCUCCGUCCUCCAGAAUGGGAUCAAGCUCACCAACGAGCCUCCCAAGGGCCUGCGCGCGAACCUUAUUGGCACGUUCACGAUGCUGGCGGAGGAGUGGGAGGUAUGCGGCGACGAGAGGGGAGGGAGGGACGCGAGGUACUGGAAGAAGCUGCUGGUCGGUCUCUCCUUCUUCCAUGCUGUGGUGCAGGAGCGGAGGAAAUACGGUGCCUUGGGAUGGAAUAUCCGCUACGAGUUCAACACCUCCGACAUCCUCUGCGCCAAGGACGUUCUUAAGAUGUUCACCAGGAACUUCGAGGAGAUGCCGUGGGAGGCGCUGACGUACGUUACUGGCCACGUCAACUACGGAGGUCGAGUCACGGACGACAUCGACCGGAGAUGCCUCAUGUGCAUUCUGGCGAGGUACUACACCAAGAACGUUGUUGACGACGACGAGUACAAGUUCUCUGAGAGCGGAACCUAUUUCUCCCCCAAGGUCGGGUCGCACGACGCUCUUAUGGACUACCUGCGAUCCCUUCCCAUGAUCGACAACCCCGAAGUCUUCGGCAUGCACGCCAACGCCAACAUCACCUUCCAGCUGCAAGAGACAAGAUCCAUCUUCGACACUGUCCUCAGUAUCCAGCCCAGAGUGUCAGGCGGUCACGGGGAGGGCAAGAGCCCGGAAGAAAUGGUCGAUGAGAUGUGCAGCUCGACCCUCUCCUCCCUUCCUCCCGACUUCCCUCAUGACAGCCCGGGGUUCAGCGCGCAGGAUCAUGCUGCUGGUCUCUUCACGAAGCUGCCCAACGGGGCCUAUCGCUCCCUCGACACUGUCCUCCUCCAGGAGCUCGACAAGUUCAACCGCCUUAUCCGCGCCAUGCGCAUCUCCCUGGCCGACCUCCAAAAGGCCAUCAAGGGAAUCGUCGUGAUGUCGGCAGAGCUGGAGAUGAUGUUCACCUCGUUUCAGAACAACCAGGUCCCUUCCCUCUGGAGCAAGGUCGCCUACCCCUCCCUUAAGCCCCUUGGCUCCUGGCUCAAAGACUUUCAUCGCCGCAUCAACUUCUUCAAGUCGUGGCUGGUCAAGGGUCAACCCAACAGCUUUUGGCUGCCAGGCUUCUACUACCCUCAAGGCUUCAUGACAGGAGCUCUCCAGACCCAUGCACGAAGGUAUCAGCUACCCAUCGACACUCUCAACUUCGGCUUCACCGUCAAGUCCAUGGAGAGCGUGGACGACGUGGCCGACCCUCCGGAGGACGGCAUCUACAUCGAAGGACUUUUCUUGGAAGCCGCCAGGUGGGACAGGAGGACGAAGAAACUCAAACCAUCCAACAUGGGGGAGAUGAUGUCACUAGUUCCUAUCAUCCACUUCAACCCCGUCCAAGACUACACGCCUCCUGCUGAGGACUACGAAUGCCCGCUGUACAAGACCAACGUCAGGGCAGGUGUACUCAACACAACGGGGCAGUCGACCAACUACAUCCUCAGUAUCUCCCUGCCAACGGACGAGCCGCCAGACGUCUGGGUGCUGAUGGGAACAGCUAUGGUGACGAUGACAAACGAUUGA